GCUGCCCCCUGGCCCCUGCGCCCCUUGGUAGUUGUGCAUAUAUCCUCGCCAGUUGGCGCUACUUUCUAUGUUUAAGGUAUUUAUCUCCCGAGGGAAAACUUCGCUAAAAUAGAUGGCACCACUUUGUACGUGUACGACAAACAAAAAGUGACGAGGUGGCCUCCAGUGGCGAAGGUCGGAUUCGAACCAGCGUCUUUAGCUGACCGGGGCGUCUUUAGCCAGUUAACGUCAUGAACCCCUAGGCCACCCCGUCACGGUGAAACUGGUCCUAAUUUCUCGACUAUAUAUGCAAUCGUAGUGAGACUAGGCGUUAUGUGAAAUUCGCAUGUAUCGAUGCCAAUUUCCUAUAGCUCGUUGAGCAAUAAUGUAAAUGACUACAUUUGACCUCGCUCGACAAAGAUGAUUCAGUUUGCACCGAAAGUUGAGGUAAGUACAUAUAUUUAUAUUUUAAUUAUUACAAAAUAAUGUAGUUUCGUUUCCUGUACGAUAACUUAACAAACAAAUCUUUUCCUCUUUUCAUAGAGUUCAUGAGAACCGUUUCACACGUUUCUUUACCACAUGCGCCCCGCCCGUCUACACCCCACCCCUCCACUGAAUUUUUCUGCUAUAAAAGAGCAUGUUGAACCAUAUUCCCACUACAGUGUCACAACGAAUAUUGCGUUGAAAUCAUGGAUCCGCAAGCUUCAUCACAUACCAAAUCCGACAACAAUACCAUCACCACUUGGUGCUGCCAGUGCUGGUUGUCCACCACCACAAGCGGCGGCGGCGGCGGCUGUGACGGUGGCUGUAGCAGCUCCACUUCGCAAUCGUCACCCGGACCACAACCGAUGGCAACAGCAAAGGCACUGUUAAAACAAGACGAUGGGGACAAGGGAAAAACAAACUGCCUAGAGAGCGCUUCUGAGAGCGAUACGAGCGAUGAAAUGAAAUCUUUUUAUCAAGGAUGUAAAAGCAAGUGGAUAAAAGCGUUCCAGAACAAUACUCUGAUUAAUAGAUGGCGCCUCCCCAUGCCAUUUCACACAUUUAGAGCGGAAGUAGCGAGAUUGUUAAAACGAUUGUAUAUCGAAGGUCACCAUGACGAUUGUCAUAUUUACCUGUUAAUUGUAAUGUGGGACGAUUUAAACGAUGACGUAGAAGAGAUAGUGGGAGAUGCUCAAAUCAACUAUCAAGACUGGAUUGCGUUAUUAGGUGGCGUUACAGCGGAACUAUUUUCACGCGUGGUGUUCAAUACUAAAUCUUUUAAUUAUUUAAUCAAUGUAAUAUUUUGUGUGCUAGGUCCAAACAUAAUAGCUUCCGGUGAUUAUGAAUGUGAACCUAAAUGUAAGAAUGCUCGUACAUAUUAAGGUGAUGAUGCAUUUAUUCCUUGUCAUUGUUUAAUUUUAAAUUGUUAGCUCGCUGCGAAUGUAAAUGUUUUAAUGUACACGUAUUAAUAAUAAAUUCAUAUUACUGAAUA